CCUCCAGUCGUCCUCGCUGUCCAGCCGCGACAUCGCAGCAGCCAUGCUCUGCUGUGGCCGCAGAAAAGAGGGUCGGGGCGAAGUAACAGACAUAAGCGCAAGUCCAGGGAGACAGGUAUCUCUCAACCAGUUUCGCCCCAAGGAGCCUCUCUCCGUGGUCCUUCAGGGAGACUUCAAGAAGGAGAGAAAACUUCUGUUGCAGGUAUCUGGAAUAUCGGACGAGGUCUACAGGCAAAUCGAGGUCGUCGAGAACGACCAUGACGCCUCGACGGCAGCGGCUCUUGAGGCUGUCGAGAAGCAUGGCGAGAUGGUCGUCAAGGUCAUCGAACCACGUCAGAUGGGCAGACAGGCGUCGGAAGAUGCGAAAUUGUUCAUCGCCAUGCAGGAUCCUAAGCAUCCAGUGAGUUUCGUUGAAAUAAUCAAGAGGCCCGGCCAAACAUUGGGACUCUAUAUUCGCGAGGGCAACAGUAUAGACAGAAACGAUGGCGUUUUUAUUUCGAGAGUUGCAGUGGAGACGGCAGUACACAAUAGCGGAUAUUUAAAGGUCGGAGAUGAAAUACUGGCGGUAAAUUUUGUAAACGUGACACGCAUGAGUCUGGAUGACGUUGUGGUCGUCAUGUCGAUACCAAGACGACUCGUACUUGCCAUUAGACACGGUUCCCUUAUGUUCAUGCCGCACAAUCGACAAAACGAGCAUAAGGCCCCACCGGUUGUUGUUAUCAAGAAGGAACUCAACGAGGAUGAGAACGACCAUAUCACCAGUAAUCAUAUAAGGGACAGCAAUCGGCGUCGGGGCGACGGUCGCGAGAUGUUGCCCUCGCGCUCUAAGCUGGGACUAUCGGGUCUGGGCUCGACUCAAGACAUUGUCGCAAGCAACGGCGACCUUUAUUAUAACUCAAGGCCGGAGAGUCACAUUGGCUGGACGUAUCAGCCCCCGCCCCCUCCGGUAAUUACCCAGCAGCCUAAGCCGUCCUCGACUCAGCACUUCCAACCAUAUGAGCGUGGCUAUCCCAAGACCCUCGAGAGCCUUGCCGAGAAGGAUUUCACGAAGGUACACUCGUUUUAUCCGCCCUCGAUGCCGUCGACCAACGGCACGCGUCGCAUGUCUGCCGGUACCGGCAUGCAGACGGUCGGAGGCCGAUUACCUGGACAAUCGGUAGGCUCCCACUACGCCGCUGCAUACCGACAGCAUCCGGGCACGGGUCGCAUGAUGCCGAGGAGCGGCUCGGACCAACAUCUUCCCCGGGUCGACUACACGAGUAUGACUACGCCGGCUAGACAUACUCUGCUUAGAUCGAGUCUCAAGACCGGUUCAUCGGCAAUGCGCUACAAUUCGCGCUACGGCCCUCAAAGCGAGACGAUGUCGUCGCAGCGCCAGGGUCAAUUCGGCACCCUCACAAGACGUCACAGGCCUUCGCUCGACUACGCUUCCGACACAGAAGCGACUUGUUCCAGUUCACCCCGUUCGGCCUACUAUUAUUACAGGAACAAUUUAAAGAACGCAGGACAGAAUAGCGCCGUCUCUCACCUGGCAACGCUAUCACGUUCACAGAUCGGCCAGAGCGCAGGCUUGAGAUCGAAUUCGUUGCCGCGUAGCGGUAGGACGUUGCCGCAGCAGCCGAGCCUUAGACCGGGACUUAGCACCGUCGCGUCAGGUCUGAUCGAUCAAGAAGACAGCGACGGAGCUCUCUCAGCUCCUGAACUUCCCUGUAUCCGACGAGACCGAGGGAGAAUACCGUCGUCACCAAGUGUAUUUACAUCGGACGAGUACAGGGCUUGGCUAAGCCGUACCCCAAGUACUUCAGCCCUCUAUGAGCAGAUACGUGCGACAACAAACCGACCACCUCGCUACACAUAUAGUGCCGAGAACAUUCAUGCGGCCGUUAAUCAGGCCGAUUAUGGUAGCUACGGCUCGUACAGGCCGAUGUCAAGUACACUAGAUCGCUUAUCAACGAGAUCAGCUUCCGCCCAGCAGGUGAAUCUUGCGAAUCUCCGAGCUUCUACAGCCAUUAGCUCGUCGAAUCAUCGAUCCACUGGAAAUCAAAGGCCUUCCUCGGUUGCCUCCAACGUCAGAUCGUCAUUGGUCGGUCAGAAAUCCAACACACUUGGCAAUCCAGGCAGUCAGCGAGCAACGAGCGUUAGACGAAUGCGAAACAUCCUAGACCUUGAGUCGGCUCGUAGCAUACCUACACCCACACCUACUAGAAAUAUAGAUCAAAGACUGCUGGACAUUAAUCCUGCAGAGUUCCUCAAAUACAAGAUAGAAAAGCCACCAACGGUGGGCACGCCAAGUUCAACAAGUUCUCUACUAAGCUCAUUGGCGGAUAACGCUGGCAGUGACUUCUGUAGCGGCAUUAGCGGCCUUCUUUGGGUACAUUUACUUGCUGGACGUGGACUUCGUGCGACUACGUCGAGCUCAGCAGCGACAACGCCAUCGACGCCGUCGGGUCAGCCUAACAUAGUGAAUUGCAGCCUGAGAGACCUGUACUGCGUCUUAGAAUGUGAUCGAGUGCACAAAGCUCGUACGGUAGUGCGCACGGGUGAUCUCAUGUUCGACUGGGAUGAGAAUUUCGAGCUGGACCUCGUGGGUAAUCGGCAGCUCGAUCUGCUUGUUUAUUCAUGGGAUCCGCAAUAUCGACAUAAACUUUGCUAUAAAGGAUCGGUGCACUUAGCCACGCUAUUAAAAGAGUCGCCGAUUCAUCAAUUGGCCGUGAAGGUCGAACCCCGAGGUACGAUAUAUCUGAGGUUGAGGUACACAGACGCCAGCCAAACGUUUCGUAGAAGAGGUUUACCAGUUAUCUCGCUUGCUACGAGAAUCGCACCGCUGUUUGGCAUUGAUCUCGACACUGUUGUGACUCGGGAGAAUAAAACUGGCGGAGUUCCAGGAGGUGUGUCAACAGCCCUGGCACUCGGGGGUAGUAGUGUACCGAAUGUACCGAUAAUAGUCUGGCGUUGUGUGGAGGAAGUGGAAAGAAGAGGACUAGAUAUUAUUGGCUUAUAUAGACUUUGUGGAUCAGCAACGAAAAAGCGAAUACUAAGAGAGGCUUUCGAAAGAAAUGCUAGAUCAGUUGAUUUAUCGUCUGAUAAUGUUCCUGACAUUAACGUUAUAACAGGCGUUUUGAAAGACUACUUGAGAGAAUUGCCAGAGCCUCUGUUCACGAAGUGCCUCUAUCAAAUGAUGGUCGACGCACUCGGAGUCUGUUUACCGGAUGAUCCACAAGGAAAUGCAAAGUUAAUGUUUAGCAUUCUCGAUUGCCUACCGACUGUAAACAAGUGUACAUUGAUUUAUCUAUUGGAUCAUCUGGCAAUGGUCAUUUCCCAAUGCAAUAAAAUGUCUCCUGCUAGUUUAGCAGUCUGUUUUGGUCCAGUGCUAAUGUUGCAUUCGGAUGAAGCGGGAGCGAUACUUGACUUCCAACAGCCUAUAGCCGUUCUGAAGUAUUUACUCGAAAUUUGGCCAGUUAAGUCAGUUCGGAAGAUUUCUUCAGUCUUUUCAACACUUCCUCGAGUUAUGCCAGCACACGUCAACAGCAACUCGCAUCAGCCGCAGGCCUCCUCUCAAAUUCAGCAACAUCAUCAAUCCCAAAUUCAGCAUCAGCAGCAGCAGCCAUUACAGCAAUCGGGAACGCUGCCGCGAACAGGGCUGCUUUGGCAGCAGCAACACUCACAUCAUCAUCAGCCCCUCACUACUACAGCGGUAGGUCAGCAUCAGCGGCAGCAACAACAGCAACAACAGCAACAGCAGCAGCAGCAGCAGCAGCAGCAACAGCAGCAACAACAAAUACAGCAAAAACAGCAAACCAUUACAGCUUCCCCGCGCCUCCCUCCGCCGCCACCCAUCAAGCCACGACAGGUGAUAGUUUCAUCUCCCGGUUCACCUAGCAGCGAGGAUUCCAGCAGUUAUCAGGAAUCGGUUAAAUUAAAUUGCUCGCCAGCUGUUAAUAGCUCGACAUCGAACCCAGUCAUUGUGAACAAUAAGCCCCAUCUUCAUUCGACUAAUCCAUUCCUUAAUUCAUUGACUAAUGGGAAUGGAAAUGGUAACGAUAGCAACGAUCAUGAAAUCAGUCACGAGAACGGCCAUGGGCACAGCGUUAGUUUCUUCACUCAUGGAACGAACGAGGAAGUAACUCCGACAAGUAGUGUCGAUACUGAGGAUGGCACUGUGCACCAUGAAGAAGGUGAACAUGGUGUUGAGGGAGACGCUGAAGCCAGCGAUGACGAUCAUGUUAUCAAUACUAGGUCGGCUUAAAAACUCGUGAAAGUUAUCGGAGAGACGUAUAUAGACGACCACAGCAAAGUUGUGGCGCCGCCACUGAAUUCCUCUUUAUAUGCGGACUCUCGGAACUCUCGAAAGGCUAAAUUGCACAACUACCUGCAGUUGUAUGUGAUUAUGGUUAACCGUAAGUACUAUUUCAUGCGUGCAAGAAGAUGCGAGUACGAAAAGUCUUUGAAGGCAAAACAAUGAAGUACAUCGGCUCGAUCUGUGAAAGAAAAAGUGUUCAGUUAAACAAUUUUCUUCUGUUUCACGAGAAUUGGUGAAAUGUUGUUUUGCAACAAACGUUUUAAUUAAAACUACAAAAAACGAGAAUCAAGAGCAGUCAUUAACAGAAAAAAAAGAAAGAAAAGAAAGAACAGAAAAGAAGAGAA